AGCAGUAGAGGGCGGAAGCGCAGUCUGUGCAGGAUGAGUUUACGGGUUGUGUUCGUCUUGCUGAGCUUCGCAGCGGCGGGCUCCACGCAGCCCACUUCUUUGCCAGUCUCCUCAGCAGUCGCUCCGAGGACAAGUCCGGCUUCUACAAGAGACUCCAAGCUCACGUUGAACCUGCAGCCUGAGCAAGGACACAAUGACAGACCCCCUCUGAAUCGGAGUGCCACGAAAGACGUCCCUGGCAGUUCGGAACCCGAGCUGCAGCACAAGAAUGGCCGCCUUGGCAAUUCCUCCAGAGACCAGUCCACCAAGUCGGUCUCCAGCCCCUCUUCUGAUAACAAGGAGCCCACCAAGUCCGAUUUAAACACAGUAACUGACAAAGCUCUGCAGCCUUCCAGAACUGAAUCUGGGGGAAAAGUAUUGCUAGACUCUGACCGCUCUUCUACCCAGCAGGAGGAAGGAGGUAAGUCUUUAGAACCACCUGAAGAUGAGGAGCCCAAGGAGACUGAGGAAGGGGAUACAGAGCCUGAAGAGGGUGCACCGCCCAAAGACGAGAAAGAAAUGCCUGGCCCUGCCUCCAGUGAGAACCGUGGAAGCACAGUUUUGAAUUCCCGGAGUAGGGAGAAGGGUGACCGUUAUAAGGAUAAUCUUGGAAGUUCCAGUGCAGAGAGCAGCCACUUCUUUGCAUAUCUGGUGACAGCAGCCAUUCUCGUUGCUGUCCUCUAUAUUGCCUACCACAAUAAGCGGAAGAUUAUUGCUUUCGUCCUGGAAGGAAAAAGGUCCAAAGUUACACGGCGGCCAAAGGCCAGUGACUACCAGCGUUUGGACCAAAAGAUUUGAUUUUUCUGUUCUUGAGAACCUUGUCCUCCCUGCUGAUUUGUUUCUAAAUCAAGAAAAAUGAAGAGAAAACUACUGUGACCUAAGAGACACACCCCCUCCUCUAGGGUUUGGUGACAAGUCGGGGCUGGCAGAGGCAGGGGGGAUUGCUUUGGGUUUUGCACCUGCACUUUGGCGAACUUGUCCUCCUGUGUUCCCGUUAUUUAUGCUGGUGUCUUCCAGCCUGUCCCCCUGAGUGUGAGUAGGGAAGCAUGUGGGCGUUUCCAGCUGUGACCAAAGGGAGACCUCAGCCCUGGGCAGGUGACUGCUGCUGACUGCCCUCCCUCGGGUCUUGGCCCUGUCGUAAAGUUAGCCCUUGAAAACAGCAUUGCACUCGCCACUACUUACCUUCGCGGACCUAGGAGAAAACUACAGGCUGUAGUCUGUUUCUACCAAGGCCUCUCCCUUUGCGGGGAUGUGCCCUACAAAAGAUGUAGAAUGUAGUGAAUGCUGAUGGGCAAAGGGCUCCUUUGAACACGAUUCUCUUCAAAGGCUUCAGCAGCAAACCAAAACUGCAGCUAAAAAACAUGCUUUACUGCCUGCGAGUCCAGCCUGCCUAGUGCAAGCUCUUCACGUUCUUCUGACAUUUUCAUAUUAUUUAAGACGAAGUGAAGCCACUUCCAUUUAGUUGUACUGAGCAGAAAACUGAACUUGGGGGUUCUGGGAGGAAAGCUGUAAAGCCACUAUGCCCAUCACAGAUGUUUUAAAAAUCACAGUUACGAUUAUUGAAACAUUGUGUUCAUCCCUACUCACCAUCAUUACAGAAACUUUUUGAAGGAGGGUGAGUUCAUGCCUUGGGGAAGAAAGCAAGGACUGUUUGGUUUGGGUCUAAAAAUUUCGAAGGGCUUUUAUGAAACACGUUUCCCACAAACUCUAUUUUGCCUUUGUUGCCUAAAAUAGACUUACAUUUACAAACUGACUAUACUCCCUCCUUUACCUGAAUCUAGUUAAUGGUCCUCUUAUCUGAUAAAAAACGCCAAGGCUAAUUAGUAAAAAUUCUCCUUCUGUCCCAUGUCAGGGAUUAUUAAAAUUUAAGAAACUCAGGGGACUUCCCUGGUGGUCCAGUGGUUAAGACUCCUUGCUCCCAAUGCAGGGGGCCCGGGUUCGAUCCCUGGUUGGGGAACUAGAUCCCGCAUUCUGCAACUAAGACCCAGUGCAGCCAAAUAAAUGAAUAAAUAUUAAAAAAAAAAAAAAAAAGAAACUCAGAGAGUUCCCCUGACAUAACGGAGGGUAGUGUUUUGGAUCAGCUUAUUGUUUUAUUUAAAUCUGUUCUAGUUGUGCUACCCUAUUAUCAAGAGCCUAAAGAGAGUUGUUUCUGGGGGGGAAAAAAAAAAAACUGAAAGAGAA